AUGUCAUCAUUAAAUAAUUUAAAUAAUAUUGAAUUAUUCGAUGAUAUAGAAAAUAUUCUUUUUUUGUGUGAUCGUCUUAAUAAUCGUUUAAUUCAAGUAACAUCAUAUGUUGAUGAAGUUAAACAAGUAUGGAUUGGUAAACGACGUACAAUUGAAUUAGAUUCAAAUAUAACACCUUUAAUAGCUCAAAAAGCUAUUAAAUGUAAUAAAGUUCUUUUAAAUGUUGCUGAAAAACUUGCAGUUGUUGAAUUACAAACAGAAUCAUUACAUAGUCUUCAUACAUCUAUAAAUAAUAUUCUACCAAUAAAUAAUGAAAAACGUCAAUUAAAUAUUCCAAUAUGUCCUUCAACACCAAUUAUUAAUCAAACAUCAAUAACAAAAAAUGAAUCAAUAGGUAAUGGUAUUCGUUUACAACGUGAUAUAUUUCCAAAUACAACACGUUCAUUAAAUCAUAAUACAAAUACAUUUACUGCAAGAAAUACAUCAACAUUAUUUAGUGAAACAAUUCCAAUAAAAUCAUCAAUAGAACAACAACAACAACAACAACAAUCUGCAUUUCAUCGACCAUUAUCAGUUCAAGAUAAUAUUAAUCUUCAACAAACAAAAUUAUCUCCUCAAUAUCCAUCAUCAUCAUCAAUAAAAACUGUUUCAAAUGUAUCUAUGAAUAAUCAUCAACAACGAAUUUUAAAUCCAAUAGAUUCAUAUAUAAAUGAAACAAAUAUAAUUGAUAAUAAAAUUCGAGUUAAAAUGCAAGUUAUACCAACUGGUACUAUAUGGCGUAAUGCUGAUAUACCUAUUGUUGAUCAUCCAUCAGCAUUUUUUGUUUCAAAUCAAGAUCCACGUGUUACUGAACAAUUUAAUAUGAUGUCUAUUGAAAUGAAUAAUUAUUAUAGUAAACCAUCAAAUACAACUGUACCAUUACAAAAUAUAUCAAUUGGAGAUUUUUGUGUAGCACGAUUUAGUGAAGAUCAUUUAUGGUAUCGAGCUCGAGUCGUUUUGAAUAAUAAUGAAUCUGUACUUAUUGUCUUUAUUGAUUAUGGUAAUUCUGAAUCAAAACCACCGAAUGAAAUCUAUCCAUUGAUUGAAUCUUUAACACGUCUACCAGCUAUGACAGUUGCUUGUACAUUAAAUGAAGCAUUUCCAAGUAAUGAAAAUUUCUGGACUCAAGAAGCAACAGAUGCAUUCAAUAUGAUUGUUAAAAAUCGUAUUGUUGAAGUUCAUUUUCAACAAAGUAUUGGUCAACAAUGGCCACUUCAUUUCGUUAAAGUAAUGCUCGAUGGUCAGUCUAUCGCUCAACAUCCUAAAUUAGCACCAUAUAUAAUGUCAGCUCGAAAUGAACAAAUUGCAUUGCAUUUCAAUGAUAAACUUACACCGAUGGAAUAUAUUUUGUAUAAUGUAGCAGUUGUUGAAUCGGAUAUUUAUAAUAGUAGUCUUCCGUAA